AUGAAUAUAAAGAAGGUGUCGAGAACCAUCCCUGCUCUCUUAGCGGUUUUCAUCGUUGUUCUUGUAAAUUUACAACUGAAGACCCGAAAUCUCCAAAAACCCACCGCCAAAAUCGGAAAUUUGGAAUUGGAAUAUCUUAAAAAUCACCGGGAACACGAAAUAAAAAUCCCAUCAGAAUCGCUUGUCCAGUCUUCACAUGACGUUUCCACUGGCGGCAAAAUUAAUCAGAUUCCAUCCGAACUGUUCGGAAACAGUUACAGACUGAUGGAGUCGAGGAAUAAUGGCCAGAGACAGCCAAACCCCGUUUCACGAUUACAUCCUACGGACAUAUUCAUCGCAGUUAAGACGACUGGCAGGUUCCACAGAAGCCGCCUAGCACUCUUACUGGAAACGUGGAUAUCCAGGACCAAGACGCAUACAUAUAUUUUCACAGACACCAGUGAUGAAGAAAUUGCCUCAAAGGGUUACAACAUCAUCGUGACGGACUGCUCCCCUGACCACAGCCACCAAGCCCUGUCCUGUAAGAUGUCUGCCGAGUAUGACCACUUUAUGGCCUCAGACAAGAAGUGGUUAUGUCAUGUGGAUGAUGACAACUACCUGAACCCUUCGGCGCUGCUCUCUCUUCUUUCUGCCUUCCCAUUGGACAGCGAUAUCUAUGUGGGCAAACCCAGUCUGGAUCGACCAAUGAGGGCCCUCGAGUUGUUGGAGGGGAACAAAACGAGAGAAGUGGAGUUCUGGUUUGCUACAGGAGGAGCAGGAUUCUGUCUGAGCAGGAGACUAGCAGAGAAGAUGGCUCCAUGGGCUAGUGGCCCCAGGUUUGAGCAGACGUCAGCAGUAAUCAGACUACCAGACGAUUGUACUGUGGGGUUUAUUGUGGAGAAAAGACUGGGCAUUCCAAUGGUUCACAGCUCCAAGUUUCAUUCCCAUUUAGAGAACCUGCUACUGUUAACCCCUAGAAAUAUCCCUCUACAGGUGACUCUUAGCUACGGGAUGUUUGAGAAUAAGAUGAACAGUGUCAAACUGAGGGGAGUGUUUUCACUGGAUGAUGAUCCCUCCAGGUUCAAGUCAGUUCACUGUCUUCUUUAUCCGAUGACGAGCUGGUGCCCGUGA